AUGGAAACCCAAGGGGGCGAAACGCCUCAAGAAGACACCCCUUCUGCUACCCUCGGCCAGAAACGGCCAAGAACGCAGUCAUCACCUCCACCGCCGAGCUCAGAGCCAGAACCAGAAACCCCCAUUGCCACACAUCCCGCAGGUCACGAGGAAGGUGAUAUGCCCAGCGAUUUGCCCACUGACAUGCCCAGCGAUUUGCUCGAUGACUUGCCAAGUGAUGCGCCCAGCGAUAUGCCGAGUGAUUUGCCCAGCGAUCUGCCCAGACCAUCAUGCCCUGAUCACAUCACUCAGGCCCUGACAUUCAACAAAGUUUCUGAGCAGACCAGGCUGGCCAAAAUAUCAUCUCUUCCAUAUCAUCCAGGUCCCGUAACACCACGCCAUGAGCGUAUUUUCAGAAGGAAGAAAGCCAACAAACUCACCACAGCCCAGUAG